UUGUAAAGAUAGAUAAGAGCGAUAAACGUAUUUUAAUAACCUCCAUAACCUCUUACAGAUAUUUAAUGCAACAUGCAACUAAUUUUGUUUUUCAAUCAGUAAGUCAUCAAUUAACAAGCCUUUGAUAUUUCAAUAUCAAGUGCUAGAGACUUAAGACAAUAAGGGGGUAUCUAUAUAUCAUAAUUAAAAACAACAUGAAUGUUGAUCAAAAGCCAAGGAGCUUUUUAGAAGAACAUAAGUUAAAACAAGCAGCAAAUGAUUAUGGAUUUGAUGAUGAACAAUGGAGUUUUAAAAAAUUUAAAUCUGAUUUAAAAAUUGUCAUCGUUCGAAUGGAAGCAUUGGAAAUGGAAUUUGAUAUGAUCGGAGUGAGACCAGCUAUUGCUAAUGCUUUUCGAAGAUUAAUGUUAAGUGAAGUGCCAACCAUGGCUAUAGAAAAAGUUUAUAUAUAUAAUAAUACAUCUAUAAUACAAGAUGAAGUAUUGGCUCAUCGUUUAGGUCUUAUUCCUUUAAGAGCAGAUCCUAGACUAUUUGAAUAUAAAUCAGAAGAAUCUGAUGAAGGAACAGAACGUGAUACUUUAGAAUUUGAGCUCAAAGUUAAAUGCACCAAGAAGACAAGUAACCAAAAUGAUUCUAUUCGAUUUGAAGAUUUAUAUAACAAUCACAAUGUAUAUUCUGGCAUGAUCAAAUGGAUUCCCAAGGGAUCUCAAAAUACUAUUUACUCUGCUGAGGAUGUAGGACCUGUAGAAAAUGAUAUAUUAAUAAGUAAAAUGAGGCCAGGGCAUGAAAUAGACUUAAAAUUGUUGGCUGUUAAGGGUGUUGGUAAAGAUCAUGCAAAGUUUUCUCCAGUAGCAACAGCAUUCUAUAGAUUGCUGCCAGAAAUUUAUUUAACUCGGCCAGUUUUAAAUGAUGAAGCUCAAUUGCUGCAGAAAUGUUUUUCUCCUGGUGUUAUAGAAAUUCAUAAAACUGAAGAUGGAAAUAAAGCAGCCUUUGUAAAAGAUGCCAGAUAUGAUACAUGCAGCAGGAAUGUAUAUAGAUAUCCAAACCUAGCUGAUGCAGUUAUUAUGAGUAGAGUUCGUGAUCAUUAUAUAUUUAAUAUUGAAUCUGCAGGAGCUCUGAGACCUGAAGUAAUUUUUAUUGAAGCUGUAAGAGUUCUUAAGAAUAAAUGCCGACUAUUUAUAGAAGAACUUGACCGGGUAUAAAAGAAAAC